AAGACCUGUGUCGCGAACUAGAGAAUCAUCCAGGCCGGUGUGAUCCGAAUUCAGUUCAACGGAUACUCCUGCAGCUGUCCCUGCUCUGUUCCAGCCACCGUGCUCGCUGCAGGACCGCAAAUGAACCAAGCUCCUUUUCAUGACGUUCUGGAAACUACUGACUCUGUCGGGAGACGGGAGGAGAAAUCUUAUUUGAUUUGAGCCUUGUGCCAAAUCACUAGCUGGAAGCGCGAAUAUAACAUGUACAAAGAUGUAAUUGGGUCUUCUUGUCUGAGCAGUGGUGAAAAUCUAAAUAUCAUAGCAGCUUCAAUGUAAGAGAUUGAGGAAAGAUUGUGACCAUGGCUGCUGAAUCUGAUGUUCUGCACUUCCAGUUUGAACAACAAGGAGAUGUAGUCUUGCAGAAAAUGAACCUCUUGAGGCAGCAGAAUUUAUUUUGUGAUGUGUCAAUUUAUAUUAAUGACACCGAGUUCCAGGGACACAAGGUGAUUUUAGCUGCUUGCUCCACCUUUAUGAGAGAUCAGUUUUUACUCACGCAAUCAAAACAUGUCAGAAUCACCAUCUUGCAGAGUGCAGAAGUUGGCAGAAAAUUGUUGCUCUCUUGCUACACUGGAGCACUUGAAGUUAAAAGGAAAGAGCUUUUGAAAUAUUUGACUGCUGCCAGUUACCUUCAGAUGGUUCACAUUGUGGAAAAGUGCACAGAAGCUUUGUCAAAGUAUCUGGAAAUUGAUCUUUCUAUGAAAAAUAACAAUCAGCAUGCUGACCUGUGUCAAUCCUCUGAUCCAGAUGUUAAGAAUGAAGAUGAAAAUUCAGAUAAAGACUGUGAGAUCAUUGAAAUUUCAGAAGAUAGUCCUGUAAACAUAGAUUUCCAUGUUAAAGAAGAGGAAAGCAACGUUUUACAGUCUACAGUAGAGAGCUUGACAGCAGAGAGAGAGGAAAUGAGAUCACCAGAGCUGUCUUCAGUAGACAUGGGUUUUAAAGACAAUGAAAUUCGUAUCCUCCAUGUGGAAUCUAUCAGUACUGGGGGUGUAGAAAAUGGAAAGUUUUCACAGCCCUGUACCUCUUCAAAAGCAAGCAUGUAUUUCUCAGAAACACAGCAUUCACUGAUCAAUUCUACAGUUGAGAGCAGAGUGGCAGAAGUUCCUGGGAAUCAAGAUCAAGGCUUAUUUUGUGAGAACACUGAAGGAAGUCAUGGUCCAGUGAAUGAGGUUCAGAAUCUAGGGGAUGCUUUUUCCCUGAGGCACCAGUGCCCCCGGUGCCCUCGAGGGUUUCUUCACGUUGAGAACUAUCUGCGCCACCUUAAGAUGCAUAAACUGUUCUUGUGCUUACAAUGUGGGAAAACAUUUACACAAAAGAAAAAUCUCAACAGGCACAUUCGAGGGCACAUGGGCAUACGGCCCUUUCAGUGUACUGUGUGCUUGAAGACAUUUACUGCGAAAAGCACACUUCAAGACCACUUGAAUAUACACAGUGGGGAUCGGCCAUAUAAAUGCCACUGUUGUGACAUGGAUUUCAAGCACAAAUCUGCCCUCAAAAAGCAUUUAACCUCUCUCCAUGGCAGAAGCAGUGGUGAAAAACUACCCAGGCAUGAUCUGGAAAGGCAAAAUCUACUGUAACUAGAACCACACCUUGUUAUGUAAGCUGUAUGUCAUUCUGUUGGGCAAGUCUUUCUAUAGAAAUACAGCAUUUGUAAUAUUGCAUUUCCACCCCCAUCUUUAGAUCUUAUUUUUGGUCUUCCUACACAUGUUAUUCUUUCUGAACUUGUACUACCAGUUCCAAAGUGUGGGAGACAUGAUAAAGCUGAUAGGAUGCUGUCUUGUCUCAUGCAUUAUAUAUGAGUCUCAGUGGUUUAUCUCAAGAAAUAGUUUUCCUCUUAAAUAUUCUUGAUUCUAUUGGCAGAGGAUCCAGCAGUAUUUCCAGAUUCUGAUUUCAAAUCCCUAGAUAAUGGAUAUAGGUGUACAAUCCAAGCAUACCAUAACUUUAAUAAAUUAGGAUAAUGAGAAGAGGAAAAAAAAAUUUAAAGCAUACUAUUAUUCAUUGUUAGUCAUUUUAACAACAGGUAAGACUAGUGAAUUUUUUUUUAAUGAACUGUAUUGGAAAUUCUAAACUAAACACCAUGAUACCUGUUGUUUUAAACUGUAAAGGAACACCAUUCAGAUUCACUUGGAAGUAGCAGAAUUUCCUUAUACAUAAAGCUAAUAUUCCUUACAAUAGUAUUUCCAUGAGUUGUUAGUAUAUAUAUUUUGGAAUGAUUAAUUAGGCCCAGGUUUCUUGAUUUUAUUUAAUAUGGUGACAUUUAAUAACUUUGUGGCCAGUAAAAUUAUAUCAAUGGCAUGAAGCUCUAAGGUAUUUGCUAUGUUUUCUUUUUGAAAUUUAUUUUGUUAGUUAACAUACAGUAAGAUUGACUUGUUUUUGGUGUACAGUUCUAUGAAUGUACAGAGUUAUGUACAGAGUUAUAUAUGUACAGAGUUAUGCAGCCACCACUGCAAUCAGGAUGCAGAACAUUCCAUCACCCUCCAACACUUCUGUAUGCUUCAGCUUUGUAGUCAGCUCCUCCUCCUAGCACUAAACCCAGGCGCCAAUUCUCCAUUUUUAUAAUUUUGCCUUUUCUGAAAUACCAUGAAUGGAAUCUUAUAGUAUGUUCCCAUUUGAGAUGCUGUUUUCACUCAGUUUAAUGCCUUUGAUAUUCAUCCAUGUUGCUGUGUGUAUCAGUAGUUCAUUCCCUUUUUUUUUUUUUUUAUGUUGAAUUGGCAGCAUAUAUUAGUUUUCUUACUAUCACUAGAUGAACAGUUUAAAUAUGGGUAACUCCAAUACUUUGGCCACCUGAUGUGAAGAGCUAACUCAUUGGAAAAGACCCUAAUGCUGGGAAAGAUUGAGGGCUGGAGGAGAAGGGGACGACAGAGGAUGAGAUGGUUGGCUGGCAUCACCAACUCAAUGGACAUGAGUUGGGUGGACUCCAGGAGAUGGUGAUGGACAGGGAGGCUUGGUGUGCUGCGGUUCAUGGGGUCGCAAAGAGUCGGACAUGGCUGAGCAACUGAACUGAACUGAAGCUAUUAGUGUUCUUUUUUUUUUUCUUAGUUAAUUUAUUUAGGCUGCACCUGGUGUUAUUUGGGGCACAUGGGACCUUCUAGUUGUGGCAUGUGGAGUGUUGGUUGUGGCAUGCAGAAUCCUCAGUUAUAGUGUGUGGACUUUCUUGCCAAGAUGUCCAGGUUGGCCUUUUUCUUUCAUGCCGGACUAGGCCCCGAUAGUAGGACUUGACGCCUUCUUCUUGGGGGCUUUGAGCAGCAAGUCCUGGCUGCUGUUAAUUAUUGCUGGGGUUUCUCAGGGCCAUCCUGCAAGCCUUUUGAGUUACAAAUGUCCUUGAGGUCCUUGUGGCCAGCAGAGCCCCUUUGUGCAGCUUGUUCAGCUGAAGAGACCAUGGGGAGGGGGGAGCUGAGAUUCUACACUUCAUGGCCUUCCUGUCAUCCUGUACCUCGUGAAACUGUAAGCCUGGAAGGCUCUUCAUGUAGUGCUGGCAGCCAGCUUUUCUGGGGGCGUCUCCACACUGCCAGCCUGUCUGCCAUGAGGAACCUGGCAUCUAGGACCCUGCACAAGUCGGGUCAUGAAGGGAAAGUCCUCAGCCUCAUCUGGUCCCGUUCAGCUCUCAAGGGUUCCAGGUUUAGUCUUAGCUGAUCCCUAUCAUGUUGCCUUUCUUCUGCUUUUUUGCAUUUUCCACUUCUCGUAGGAGACUUCUCUGCCAGAGCCGCCAUUCUCUGAGAUAAAGCUGAAGCCUCUUAGAUUCUGAAAAAAGUUUGUCAACAGUUUUGACAAACAUUUAUUACGUUCUUCAUUCAUUUUUUUCUCUCUGCCUUGACUUGGAGAGCACGGCCGCCACCUGACCAACUCAGCCUCCCCCUUGGGGAGCAUCUCUGCUAUCCACAGGGUCUGCUGCAGCUUCUGCUCUGCCAGCUCCAGGAGUUCCUGCAACUGGUGGUUUUCAGCCUCAAUUUCACGAACACUUCGUUGCAGUUUCAUGUUCACUUCCUUAGAUUUGAUGAGGUCUUCUCUGGCUGUGUACACAUCUGUCAUGUGAGUUGAGAGGACUGCCAGGCGCUCCCUCAUCUGGCUCUUCUCUCUUGACUACUUAUCUAUGAUUUCCUGGAGUUCCAUCAAUAUAGCAGCGUCUUCCUCAUGAGGACCAUCAGAAGAUCUCCACAGAGAUCAGGUUCCUGGAGGUCUCUGCCAUCACAUCCGUGUACAAGGCCCUCUAAGCAGAGUUCAGGCAUUCCCGCUCCUGAGAGAAUUCAAUGGCCGUGUCCUCAAAGGUCAACUGUUCCUGAGAAAAAGCCAUUCCAGAUUCCAGUUCUUUCCUUUUCCAUAGGCCACGUGAGUCCUUGGAAAUUUAUCUUGAAAGUUUGAAAGAGGUUUAUUGCUUAGAAUCAGCAUUCCCAUUCCUGUGCCACAACCACACGCACAUGGAUGACCUCACCAUGUGGAUAGACAGUCCUCUGCUGCUCACAGUCACAGGAGGGAUUCAGCACAGCAAACUCCCACACAGAGGCCAACAGGUAAGGUUUCCCACACAUCCCUUCAGGUCAGGCUUGCCCGGGAGUUCCCUGGUGGCCUAGUGAAUGGUUAGGAUUCUGUGCUCUCACUGUCAUGGCCUAGGUUCAAUUCCUGGUGAGGGAACUGAGGUUCUGCCAGCCAAGAAACUUUCCAGUAUAUAAGAAGAGGAGAAUAAGGCACUCAGGCCUGGAGUAAACCAGUAAUGGCAACGUCUGGAUUUGCUUGAGGCGGAGGACCAGGUGCUGGGAUUUGAGGUCUCUGGAGGGUUCCACAUGAACCCGAAGUGUAGCGGGGUACCAUGCAGCACAAAUUUACAUUAGAAGCCCUCCUUGAGAGUUUUAUUGCAUAUUUUCAGAAAUGUGCCAAAAGCUAAACCAGGAUGUGUGGUUAUUUUACCGAGAGUAAUAUUAAGGUUGUGUUAAUGAGCCAUGGCUUUCUAACAUCCCUGUCUGCAUGUAAUACAAAACGUUUUGUUGGUAUAACAAGAUUUAAACAUACUGCAGGGCACAUCAUAUUUUCUAAAACACAGGAACUACUUUUAGUAAAGAAGCCUGACUAGAUACAUCUUAUUUCAAGAUGUUCUGUGCCUCCUCCACUCACCUCAGCUUUAUUUAGAAUUUCUGUUACAUUUAGUUUCUGUGGAAGCCCUUUCACAUUUUAAAUUGUAAUAUACUUUGUACCAUUUAAUGUAUUUUGUGAUGAAUCACAUGUUGAUUGUAUAAGUGUUAAAUAUCCUUUUUGUGAUACUUUGUGAAAAAUAAAUUCUUUAUAGACUUUUAACUCUGGGAGAGAUUUUAAAUAAUCCGGCUCUCAUAUUGGAUAAGAAAAACAACUUUAUAACACCCAGGUCACUAGUUAGUGACAUUGGGUAGGUCAUCUCUCCUUGAGCUUUUCAUAAGUUUAUAUGUAGAAUGACAACUUUGAUUUUGACAAAGUAAGAUCAUUUCCAGGUCUAAAAUUCUUUGAUUUUAUAUGUAAAUCUCCCUGAAUUUCUAAGGACAGAGAAGAGGGAAAAGCCAGGGAGGAGAGUUUUGUGUCUUUAUUAAUGUUGCUACUUGAGUACUCCAUUGGAGGCAGAAUUUUUCUGAAUUAAACUUUUUCUUCCACUGGAGAAUUUGAUAGCACAGUGUUCGGUUUUCUUUCCCAUUUGACCUAUGAUUGGCCAUUUUUAGGCAUGAGAACAUUUUCCUUUCAGAAACAGUUUAUGAUUAAAGUACUCUUAUUUUUGCUUCCUAGAAUGAAGUUUUGUGGGGGAGGGAUGGAGAUGGGAGGGAGAGUAAAAGAAUAGAAAUAAACUUUUUUUUUUUUUUUUAGAAAUUGAUAUCUAUCUUUGAUGUUUGAAAAAAUUAUGAUUGUACUAUGUUUUUGCUUUAUGUGUGCCUUGUAAAAUUCUUGUGAAAUUUUUUGUAAGCUCUUUGAGACUUGCUUGUGGGGCAGGGCUGUUUUGUGAAAGUGAUGGUUGUUAUUUAUUAUUAUUUAUUCCUGUUGACUAGCACAGAGUGAUCUCAGGUCAUUCCUGGGGGAGUGUCUGUUUGCAUGAUGUAUCUAAACAAUUUCAGGAAAAUGAAAUCGUUUUUUAAAAUGCAAAGUAAAAUGUUGAAUUUAUUCAUUGAAAACAUUCACUUUUAGUUCUUUGUGGUUGCUGGUAUGAUGGGAAAAGUAUGCAGUAUGUUUUGGUUCAGCUUCUUCAUUUACUGGAUUUAUGUAUAAAAGAUCUCAGAGAGACAAUUGUUAGUUCAGUGUAAAAGAAAAUCCUUGCCCUUUUCCCCUGGAUGUUAACUAUACUAUAUGUUUACAUAAGAAAUAAUAAACUGGAAAUGGGAAUGGG